AUGAUAUAAAAUGUGAUUGAUGUAGUUGAGUUCCAAACUACUUCCCAAUCCCUAUUUUCAAAGCAAACAUAUUACACAAUAAAAGGAUCUGACAAAGAAGGAAAUUUCGAAGUGCAUCGUAGAUUCAAGGAUUUCGUCGCUUUAAGAAAUCUCCUGGCUAUUCAAUGGCCAGGAUGCUAUGUCCCAAGUUUACCUGGCAAGAAACUCUUUAAUGGAAAUGAUGCUAAGACAAUCAAUGAUAGAAAAAAAUUCUUGCAUGCUUUCUGUUAGAAGUUGAGUCUAUUGCCUCAUCUAUUCCAAACUGAAGAGGUGUCACAAAUAUUCUUAAGAUCCAAAGAUGAGAAAGUCUAUAAAAAAUUGGAAUCUAUUAAAUCUCCAUCCACCCAAGAUCUUCUUGUAAAAUACUAAACUAUAUUUGCUGAUAUUUUAGAUGUCGUGAUCGAAGCAAGCACACUUAAGGAGAUUGACAAUUUUGCAGAUUAAGUAAGAAAUUAUAGUAUAAAAUUAAAAAACAUAAAAAAGAUAAUUAAGGAUAGUGUGUAAUCAGGUCGGAAUUACAACAGUUGUUUAGAAGAAAUCAUCAAAACUAGAUUAAUAAAUUUUGAAAAUUCAUUUGUUUUUUAGUUUGUAAACUCAGAUGCGUCCUUGUUAAUUUUUAAUCGAAUUAAGCAGGAAUUAGUUGACACUUAUCAAGAAAAAUAAGUUUUUACUCAAAAUAACAUUGAAAUCUUGUUAGAUUUAAUCAGAUUAGAAUCUAAGGAUUGUAAAAUUGUGUUGAAAUAAAUCAGUGACAAAAUUAAUUUAGAGAAUAAAGUUAAAAACCUAGAAAAUAAAAUUAUAGAAUCAGAGAAACAAUUAGAAAAGUUGAAUUAAGGAAAGGUGUCCUUUAAAAAUUUGAUUAAAUAGAAAUCACCUGAGGAUGCUAAAAAAGAAGUUGAAUAAGAAAUAGCUGAUAUUGUUAAAGAAUUAAAAUAUCUAUCAGAAUUAAUUGUUUUGAUUAAUAAAAUAUUGGCACUUAAAGAACGAACUAGAUAUGAAAAUGAUAAAAACUAAUAAUUUAAAGAAAUAAUGGAGGUUUUGUAAUAGAUGGAAUUAGAAAGCAUUAAAAUAGAGUCAUAAUAUUGGGGAUUCAUUUUAAAUGAAACAAAUUAGCUUAUUAAUAAAACAUAAUAUCAAUAAUAAUAAUAAAUAGAGUGUUAGACUAAUGUAGAAUGA